AUGCUUGUGGUUGAAGUUCCUGUUGAUGCCUCUUCUACUUCUAAUGUUCAAUCUCCAAAAGAAGAUCCUGCUCAUAUGUCUGGUGAGCAGGGCUCUAAUGUCCAAUCCGAUGCAGUUGUUUUAGAAGAAUCUACUUUGCCAAAAUGCUCGCAGAUAAAUUAUGAUACUAACAAGGAUUCAAUAUCGGUUCGUCUCGACAUAAGUUUCAAGUCUCCAUCACACACGGGACUCCAGACUACAGAGCUGGUCAAGAAGCUGACUGAGCAAUUUCCAGCAGCCAUGCCUCUUGCUUUGGUACUCAAACAGUUCUUGGCAGAUCGCAGCCUGGAUCAAUCCUACUCUGGUGGUUUGAGUUCCUACUGUUUG